ACAAUCUCUCUCUCUCUCUCUCUCUCUCUCUCUCUCUCUCUCUCUCUCUCGUGAUAUACCCUUUCGGGCAUUGCAGCGUUUCUUCCCAUUGUGGAUAAUCCCCAGGAGGAGAGCAUAGUUUCUCCCACUCCAAAUGUCGCCGCCAAAUGCAGUGGUUUCGUUACUUGCGGCGGCAUUGCUCUUCCUUGCUGCCCAAGCAGAGGACCCUUACAGAUUCUUCACAUGGACUGUUACCUAUGGCACCAUUUACCCUCUUGGUGUUCCCCAACAGGGUAUUCUGAUCAAUGGGCAGUUCCCAGGUCCGGAUAUCUUCAGUGUCACCAAUGACAAUCUCAUCAUCAGUGUGUUCAACAACCUAGAUGAGCCUUUUCUUAUUUCUUGGAAUGGAGUCCAGAAUAGAAGGAAUUCCUAUGAAGAUGGAGUGUAUGGAACCACAUGCCCAAUUCCUCCUGGGAAAAACUUCACUUACAUUCUGCAAAUGAAAGAUCAAAUUGGAAGCUUUUACUACUUCCCAUCUCUGGCCUUCCACAAAGCGGCUGGUGGGUUUGGAGGCAUUAGGAUUCUCAGCAGGCCCCGAAUCCCAGUCCCUUUCGACGAUCCUGCUGGUGACUGGACUCUGCUCAUCGGAGAUUGGUACAAGGCUAAUCACACGACCUUGAAAGCCCUUCUUGACAGUGGCCACAUGUUGCCAUUUCCUGAUGGAAUCCUUAUCAAUGGUCGUGGCGCUAAUGGUGCUUCUUUCGCUGUUGAACAAGGAAAAACAUAUCGGCUAAGAAUAUCCAAUGUUGGGUUGGAAAAUUCUCUCAAUUUUCGGAUCCAAGGUCACACGAUGAAACUCGUGGAAGUAGAGGGAACACACACCGUGCAAACUACUUUCUCCUCGCUUGAUGUUCAUGUUGGUCAAUCCUACUCCGUCCUCGUUACUGCUGAUCAGCCUCCCCGAGACUACUACAUCACAGUCUCGAGCCGUUUCACCCAAACAAUCCUUACUACCACCGCAAUUCUUCACUACACCAACUCUAAUCUCCAAGUCUCUGGCCCCCCUCCCGGUGGACCUACCAUUGAGAUCGACUGGUCACUAAACCAGGCUCGUUCCAUUAGGUCUAAUCUUACAGCAAGUGGACCAAGACCGAACCCCCAAGGUUCAUACCAUUAUGGUAUGAUAAACACCACCCGGACCAUUAGGCUUGCAAACUCGGCUGGUCUGUUGCAUAACUAUCAGAGAUAUGCUGUCAAUAGCGUGUCCUUCGUGCCAGCUGAUACUCCGCUCAAGAUUGCUGACUACUUCAAGAUUCCAGGAGUCUUUCGCGUGGGAAGCAUAUCGGAUAAUCCCACUGGCGGUGGUCUUUACCAAGAUACAUCCGUCUUGGGCACCGACUAUAGGGCGUUCAUUGAAAUCGUGUUUCAGAACGACGAGGACAUUCUGCAAAGUUGGCACAUUGAUGGGUACCAGUUUUGGGUAGUUGGAAUGGAUGGAGGGCAAUGGUCACCAGCCAGUAGAAAUGAGUACAAUCUUCGCGAUGCAGUUGCACGUUCUACAGCCCAGGUGUAUCCAAGAUCAUGGACUGCCAUCUACAUGGCUCUUGACAACGUCGGUAUGUGGAACGUUAGAUCCGAGUUUUGGGCACGACAAUACCUCGGGCAACAGUUCUACUUGAGGGUUUACACGACCUCAACCUCGCUUAGGGAUGAAUACCCCAUCCCGAAGAACGCCCUCCUUUGUGGCAGGGCAGCCGGGCGCCGCACAAGGCCCCUCUAAGCUUGAACUUCAUUCUUCUCCUUCUGCUGCUGCUGCUAGGAAAAGUUUGCCUAGCUUAGGUUACUUGAGAGUGUAGAGUUUUACACAUAGUUUAGGUAAAAGAGAAGUGUUUUACUUCUUGUUGUUAUGCAUUUGUUGCAGUCACAAAUAGGAUCUCAUCUAUUAAUGACCUUAUCUCAAGGUCACAUUCUUUCAGUUUCCACUCAAAACAAUUUCAUUGGGUUCUUCAUAACUUCAGUUUCUGGUUCUGUAUUGCAACAAUAUAAAUAUAUUGUUCACAUUACUGAUGUUUUUGUUUGAA